AUGGGUAAGCCCAGGAGAAAGGUGCUGGCUACGGCCGAAGAGACGCUCUAUCCACCACCCGCACUCGAGGAAGGACAGUCAAUCGCCCGAGUCGUCAAGGCAACAGGAAACAACGUAUACUCCGUCGAACUGCCAUCCAAGGAGCCGAUACUGGUUGAACUUCCAGCACGUUUCCGUUCUACUAUCUGGAUGAAACGAGGCACUUUUGUCGUUGUAGACUCCACAGCGUUAGAAGAGCGAGAUAACAAGCUGGCUGGAGAGAUUGUGAAUAUAGUUAGGGACGACAAAGCGUGGAGAAAGGCUGAUUUCUGGCCAAAGGAGUUUGUGAAGAAAGUCGUCGAGGACAGUGAUGACGAAGAGUCCACCGUUGGAAAACUCCCUCCCUCAGACGACGACGAGGAGGAGGUGUGA